AUGCAGUUCCUCUCCGCCGUCCUCGCCCUGGCCGCCACCGCCUCGGCCGCCACUCUGGUCCCCCGCCAGCAGGCAUUCUUCGUCAAGGGCUUCAAGGCCGCCUGCGUCCCGCACAGCGUGCGCUGCCAGUACUCGUUCAACAUCACGUCGGACCCGCAGCUGUUCCCCGAGGGCACGAGGUGUGAGGCCACGCUCAACGGGCCCGACAAGCUCCCGGCCGUCACGCAGCAGCCGUGCGACAACACGUGGAAGUUUGACGUCAAGCCCCAGGACGGAGGCCUCUACCUGGCCGCCUUCCUGCCCAUCAACUCGCGCGUCAACCAGGACUACUGCCACAAGAUCCCCGCCGACCAGCUGGUCGUUGACGACAACGGCGCCGUCCAGACCCAGCGGUACAAUGGCCCCACCGACUUCCAGGUCUCCAUUUUUGAGUGCGACAGGUCAUAA